GGGGAAGCAACUGCUGAUCCCAGUGUCAGUCCCUUGUGUCAGCUCUACAGAUGCAGGCAGGGAAAUUCCACAGGGGACAAGAAGCUUUGCAUUUUGAUUUCCCUGUUUCACUUUGGUUUGAGUGCAAAUACACUCUGAAGACCUUGAUUUCUCUGGAUCCUGCUCUCCUGGAGGAUUCUGUGGCUCUCCCUGAGCAGUGCCCAGCUGUGGGACAGGAGAGGGGCAGAGGGGUAAAUUGGAGUUGAUCUUUUCCAUGGGCUGACCUGGACAAGCCCCAGGUGAGGGACUCUAGGGUGAGGAUGGGGUAGCUUGAAACCAGCCCUUCCCACUCCCGUUGGCAUCUCUGGUCAGGAAAGAGUGGGGUGCUGCUGGUCCAGGAGAAAUCUCCAGACUCCCCAUGUCCCCAAAAGCAGGCUGCAUCCCCAAAGCUUUGCUUCUAUAGGCUCCUGCCAGCUCUUUCCUGUACUGAGACCAGGAGGGGGAAGAAGUAGAAAGGGGUUGCUGUAAACAGAAAGAAGAGAGUGAAAGAAGGGUUGAGGUAAUAGCAGCAUCACUGCUAAUGGAUAUUACACUUCCCUCCGUGACCUCAGCUGCAGGGACAUGAUUUAGAGGCCUCGGUUAGAAAAGUGAGCAGGAAAUGAAGCAAUGCUCCAAGAUAUGGUAUCUUUGGAUAAAUAGCUGCAGGAGGAAGGUGACCAGAGGUGGCCAUUAUUUGCCAAUAUUUUCUUACCAGUCCAAAAUGAUAUCGCUAUUUUGCUAAAGCCAGAGCCUUCAAGACUUUGGAGCCUCUGAAGUUAUCUGGCUAUGAACUGGCAGCCAUGGUCCAGGUAAAAGCCCUGUAGAGAUGGCAAAAGGUGUUGAGCAGGUUCAAACCAUCCUAAACACCCCAUGAAAGGACCCAGGUGAAGUGAGGGCAGGAGUCUGAAGGUUUGUGUCAUUUUCCCCAUCAUAUAUCCAGGAGAAGGGUUGGGGAUCAGCAUGGAAAAAUCCAUCUCCUACUGCAUGGAGGGAGGGAAGCAAGGUCUGGAACAGGCAAAGGAGGAUGAACAUGGCCUAAUCAUGUUUGGUUUUUUUUUCCUCAGGGACGCUCAAAUAACUCAAUGCCAGGAGACCAGUUUCAUGUGCUACUGAACUUCUCAACCCAGUCUCCCUCCCCAGGACUCCUCAUUUGAGCCAUCAUGAGCAGGCCUGUCAGGCAGUCUGUCCUGCCCUGUGAAAUUCCCCAUGCCACCCCUCUGGGCAGCCAAGAAUCCAUCACGUUUGCAUUCCACCAGCAUCCUUCAGUUCCCCACACCCAGGCGCCAAAACCAGGAGAUUUCUGCAAAUAUUAACAUUUCUGGCUGCUGCUUGUUUGCCUGUUUACUCUGAGCUCUCUGAUACUCCACACGCAGCAUGGGCUUGGCCAGAACAGCUUUGUCCUCUCAGCCUUCCCUGUGAUGGGCUGUGUGUCAGCCCCCAGCCAACCCACUGGUCACUGUGUGCAGGAUGGCCAGAAUGCUCUUCUCCUUCAUUUGGAUCUCUGGUUCAGGGUGCUGAGCAUUCAUAAAUGUGCUAAGCUGCCCCUUCAGAGCCUGAAGCAUUUGCAGGUUUUGAUUUUUAAUGUUUUUUUAGGUUUCUGACCUCAGCUCUCUGUAGGAGGGGUGUGGGAAAAGGGUUCAUGGCUUCAUCUUACAAAAACAGGCUGGGCAGGCUUGGCUGGAGUCUUGUCCAUUAGCAUCCACAUUCCAGGGUCAGGACACAGUAACCAUGAAAUCCACGCCUGUGGUCACAUCACAUACCCAGAUUGCUUUCUCCUGGCUGGGCUGAGGCUGUUUGAUAUAUUCAUUACUUGAAUUAGAGACAUCUACAGAGCCCAGUUCUGUCCCUGAUGUCACAUAUGAAAGUCUUCAGUCCAUUCAGUGGAAACGGAGAGAAUUCAUUUACCAGCAUGCAGACUUCAAAAGCCAAGGGACAUUUCUGCAGAAGAUUUCACAAGAACAGUAUUUGUCAGAGCAGCAUUUCAGACACAGCACAGGUUAUUGGGCAUAAAUGUUUCCCUUUGCUAUUCUUUUUCCACUCUGCUAUCUGAACAAGAUGCAGAUGUGCUCCAAAAUCUCAUUCAUUUUGGAGAAACUCAGACUCCACGCUGCCUGCAGCUCAGCAGCCUCAGCCUGGAGGCAUCUCCUGUGCUCCCAAGAGGAUUUAAAAGCAGAUCUUUACAACCUGGCUCUACUCCCCCUUCCACUUUCUUACAGCCACACACUGAAAGCCAGAGCCUGAGAAUUACCAGUUUCUGGUGGCCACCAGAAACAAAAUUAAAAAAAUUCAGUUGCUGUUGAACGAGUCAACCAUCUCUCUUAAAGAAAAUAGUUAAAGUGGCUGUACCUUUGUCAAAAAAUAUGAAAGAUCUUCAAAACUAUUUUCCUUCUGGAGCUGUCACCAUAACAACAAAUGUUUGUAAAGGAUGUGAUGGGGAGGGAGCAGGGAGAGAUGUGCCCUUAGUCAGCACAGAGUGCCCUGCCCAACCACGCAGCCGGUGGCUGCAGGUGGUGCCAAGGAGAGGGGCCAGUCAAACCAGAGUAGUCCUGGGAACGUUGCACAAACCUGAGCUCUUCCCAGUGUCUGUACUGAUGAGGUUGUGGCAGUGCUUGGUUGGGCAGCUCACUGCCACUCAAACCUUGUGUCAGAGCUGUCCUGAACAGUCCUGGGGCCAGGGCUGCCAUGGGAGCCAGGCUAGAGGCUAGGCCAGGGGCAAGUGGUGGCAUUCAGGAGGCUGCAGCUCCUGCCUCUGGUUUUGGCAGUACAGUAAAUACUGAGAGUGAUGAUCUUACCACAGGAAUUAAUUGAUCUUUUUCAAAGGCCUGCCCUUUGUUUCCCAUCCAAAGCUCACAAACUGAUUUAUUUGUAAUAGGAGACGAGGAGGCUCCUUCCUACUCCUUUUUCAGGGCAAUAAGCUGGGGUACUGCCUUGCCCAGGACAAUUGUCAAAAGAGGGAAUAACCCAUCCUGGAAACACAGCACCAGAGCCCCUGCUACCUUUCCCCUUUCUCCAGCUACCUGGGCUGGCUGUGCUCUUCUGCUUUACUCUGCAAAAUAACAAUGCACACUCUGGUCCUGCAUCUUAUGCCCAGAGUGAAUGUCACCCUGAAGGAACGUGCUUUUCCCCAUGAGAGGCUGAGCACUACAAGCUGCACCAUUUGAAAGCACUGAGUGCUCCCAGAGGUAAUGCUGUGCAAAGCCAUAUUUCCCCUGAUACCUUAAAUAUCUUAAAUGCCUGGGGAGAAAUAAGUCUCUUCUCUCUUCAGCACGAAAUGGUUUUCAAAGUAGAUUUGCAGGCUCCAGACUCACCUCCCUCGUGUCUGGUGUGAGCUCUUCAGCGAAGGCAGAGAGGAAACCGCUCAUCGAAUAAAAAAUUGCAGGCACGUGCUCCCCUGAGCAGUUGUUUGGAAAGUGUCCCAUAUGCCUUGUGCCAAAUUUGCUGGCCAGGGAAGCUCAGUGGUAUUAGCAUGUUCCAGCUAAUUAGGGCUGUGAGUCGUCCUUUUCAUCGCCUGAAGAGCUGAGAGAAGGACAAACCCAGAGCACUGCCUUUAUAAGGCUUUGUGCAUUCCUGCACGAUCUCUGCUCAGCUCUGGAGGGCUCUGCUCAUACCCCGGGGACACAGCUUUUCCCCAUGGGGCACUCGGUGUCAUACCUAUCUCUCAGUGUCAGACACUGGCUUGUGAGUCAUGUUUCUUGGGAACACCGAGCCAAAUGGAUUUUCAGACAAAUCCCUGGCUUUAUCUCAGGAGUGGAUCUGACCCUCCUGUGCUUAAACACUUUUGCCAGCCCAGCACUGCUGAGCUGAGCAGGGCAUGGGUAACCUGCUCCCUGCCCACAGCUGAUGUGGGUCCCCACAGCAACAGAAAAGAUGGAACAAGGCAGUGAAGCAGCAAACAUGAUCCUGGUGCUGCUACACUGGUGCUGAGAACUGGAUCCCAGCUCCUGGACACCUGGUGCCUUUUGGCAACACCGUGCCCAUAGAAACCAAGUCAUGCUCUGAAUUUUCCAGCCACUUGCAUCACUUUCAGUCUUGAUGCUUUGGAAGAGUUUAGGCUGAGGCUGCCAUCAGCCCAUCCAGCAGUGCCUGCUGUCAUCACGCAAUCCAGCAUUUAUAGCCCUGUUUGUCAUCAAACAGGAGUGACAGCCUGGGCAAAAAUUUCUUUGUGGGACUGUGAAGCAGGAGUAUCCAGUCUGGGAGAGCAAGACCCUGAUGACAGAACACACUGCCUAAAUGAGAUGGGCAACUUAGAAAGAAAUUCCACAGGGCAAAGUGGGAAAGCAGCUGCCACUGCUGCACAUCCAAGUACCAGGUUCUCUGCUCCAGGGGUGAGUUUGCCAGAGUGAAGCAUUUUUAUCACCUUUUUUAUGUACAGAGAAUUGAGAUACAUCAAAUGAUUUGCCCAGAGGCAGACAGGGAGUCUGUGAUAGAUGGGGGAAGAAUGUUCCAACCCAAAAACUCAUCCAUGUUUCUAUUUUACCCAGACAACUGCUGGUCUACAUCGUAUCGUAUUUUUGCAAUCCCAGCUCUGAAGAGCUUAUCUCACUGCAAUUAUCCUCUUAUGCAGAAGCUGUUUUCUACCUGGCUCAGUACACAAACAACAAGCAACCCUCUAAUAAAUUAACAAAGCUUUGAGAGCAGUGACUUGCAGAAAUGGCAGCUAAAUGCAGGGGCCAGUUCUGGGCUCAGCAGUGCUGAUGUCUGCCUGGAGAAACUGCCUGGAGUCUUGUCUUGAUGUGAGGAUGAUAAAGGAGAUUUUGUGUGUCAGAGUGAGAUCCAGGGGUGGAAAGGGGGUGGAAGGGGUAAACCUUCCUAGGCAUUAAUUGACUUACUCAAAGGAGCCCUGUGGGUUUGCCCCUAGUGGGGCAGGAGCUGAAGUAUGGUGAUGUGUUCAGCAGGAUGAAUCCUGUUAAGUUUUUUUUCCAUAUGAUUAUCUCCUUCCUCACUCACUGACCCUCAUCCUGCAGACACACUCAGCACUCCUGACUUCUGCCUGCCCUGAAGGUGAGCAGAGCUGUGGCAGACCCAGGCCAGUCCCAGGCCCACCCAUGGUUCGUCUCCCCUCCUGCUUCUCAAGUGCCUCUCACUGGCGCUCACUAUCAGUCAGAUAGCUCAGAUAUUUUAGCCAAACCUUGGCCCUGAUGGUGUCUCUGCUCCUUCACUGAUUCCAGGAGUGUUCACAUGGGGACAAAAAGCUGUUAUGAAAUGAGAAACUGUUUUUAAAUUCAGAGAGGGUACAGACAGCUUUCUAUCCGCCCUCCCACCCCUGAGUCUCUUUGUUGCUCAUUUAGUUCCCAAAUGCAUCAGACUCCCAAAUCCAUUGCAUCCGUGAACUCUGGGGUUCAAAUGGAAAAGGGGCUUUUGUGUUACCAAAACUUACUGAUACUUUGGAGACUGCUCAGGAAAACACAGGCAUGACACCUCAGGAAGGAGCAGUGGAAAUAUUUUGGUUACAUGCUGGUGGAAUUAAACAGAUGUUUAAAAAAUGAAAAGCUGCUCUUUAAAGUAUGUCACUGUUGCUGCUCCAGAUGAAGCAGGAAGAACCAGAGCAUCUGGAAGCCUUGGUAACAGUUUUCUUAGAGAUUCCUCCCAGGGAGUGAACAGAUAAUCCACCUUCCUUUUCUGACAGAAGUUAAACUACAGCAGAUGGCUUACAGUUGCAAGGUGGUCAGACUGAGGACCUGUCUGCUCACUGAGGCAGAGCAGAUUACAGAUCAAAAGACAGCCCUCUUCUCUGCCCCAUUUCUCAGCCUUUUGACAUCAUUUUUGCUCCCUGGAGUACAAAAUUCAUUGUAUUUCUCAGAAGCACGGUUGAGCAGACUCGGUUUUGCCUAAUGAAAGCCCAACCACUGGGAAAGGCUUUUGAGCUGCAAAGAUCCUUUGAAUGACCCCAUCAUGUCUGGAAGGACAUGAGGCUCCUGGGACACCUGUGCAGGAUUGUGGGCAUCCAGCCUGUGUGUGAAAAUACCCCAGGUUUGAGAUUACAACAGUGCAUGCAGUGGGCUCUGGCAUCUCUGCUUGGGGCUGCACAGCCUUCCACACCCCAGGACAGCACACCAUCUCUGUAUUCCCCCAUUCUCCUCCUUCAGAGUGUUGCUGGCUGGGGUUUGGAAGACACUCAGCUGCUUUGGGAUCUGUAAGGUGUGUGGGGAGGUUGUUUUGCACCUUGGUGUUCAGGCUGCUGCAGUUGGUGCAGUGUCUGCUCCUUUGAACCCAUCAGGAGUGUGAGGGGUCUGGCACUGCAGCCCCCAGGUGUCCCUUCCCUGUAGAGAAGCCAAGGCUAUGCUGCAGCCACUGCUGGCUAUAAUUCUGUUGUAGCUGGGUGAGAUUAGGCAGACUGGCAGGCAGCCCGUGUCUGUGCCCUGUGAGAAGAGCCUGGCUCCCAGGGACAGGGCAUGGGAGCACCCAGGGGAUGGAGACCAAACUCCAGAUUGGUGGGUACCAUUUGGGAUGACAGUCCAGGUGUGCUGAGAGCUCAACUGCACCUUUUUGCACUGCUCUGUCUGGUUGAAGAGCUAAGGUGAUGUUUUGGAGCAGAGCAGGCUUCACUGGACCCCUUAGACCGUGGGAGAGGACAUCUUGAGGACUUGCACUGCCUAAUCCAUGAUUUAAGAGUUUGUAUUUGCUAUCAUCCAGCAAAGACCACGUGCCAAAAAUGACUGCAAUUCACCCCAUGAUCCUGAUGAAGCCUCACAGCUUCAGGCUGCACAAAUUUCUCUGUCAAUCACUGCCUUCUCCCCAGGCAUUUUAUUUCAGCCCUGGGAAGAGAAGAGGGGGGAGUGGUAGCAAAGGAAUCUGGGGAGCAAGCAAGAAAAAUCUCACACAGAAGAGAAAGGAGGAAGAAAAUAAUCUUGACCUGAAGAUAAAUGAUCUCCUCCCUGGAGAGGAGGAGUAUCCAUCCACUGGGAACAGGGGGAAUAGCAUGCACCACUCACUUUGCUUAGCUGCUCUUUGCCUCUCUCUGCAGACCACUGGGAGACAGCAAUGGCUUUUUCCAAGCAGUUUUGUCUUGUCCUGCUUCCCUCUACUCCCAGAUUUCCCGAGUUGUUAAAUCAAUAGCCUUAGGGGGAGAAGACACGAAACUCCCACAAAAAUCCAGUUAGCACAGCUGGUGGAUUUCAUGCCUAGUCCUUUCCUUUCUGAAGGGGAGACAGACACAGGAGGGGGAAGGAUGGGACUUAAGAGGACUCUUGUCCAAGAGUCUUGAGUGUCACUUUCCAUGUGAUUUCAGGAAUGUUCUCAUUCCUUUUUUUCUGCUGAGCCAUUAGAGUGUUUUCUUUUUCCUGGUGUAUUGUAACUUUUUGGCACAAAGGGGUCGUUGAAAAGCCUCCCUGUUUCUGUUCUCACAAAGAAAAGGAGACCAAAGUUCAAUAUGGGGGUAAACAACAAGAAUUCUCUGAUAAAAUUCCAGUUGUAGGUACUUAAAGCCUAGGAGAGGUGUCCUUCCUCAGCCUAUGGGAGCAUCUCCUAGCCCAAAUGAGCUGCAAAUUCACACAUUGCCUGAGCUGGAAAUCCUAUGCUAAGAAUACACAUGAUUUCUCCUUAAGGGCAAAAUCUUUGAACAGGCAGGGCUUAUCUGUGCUUAUCUGCUUCCCUGUGCUGCCUUUAGAGUGCUUUCCUGGGCUCCAGCAAGCUUAGAUUUUGCAGAUUUGGACACAAGGAUGCUGCUUUUCUGUCUUUCCCUCUUUCUUGCUUCAGGUGUCUGGACAAAGCUGAGCAUCCUAAAAUUGAAAGUCACUCAGUUUCCAUGUCCACAAUAAAUCUGUCUCUGGAGCAGACCAAGCCACUGCCAGGUGUUUAAACCUUUCCAGCAUUACUUCUGUUUGUAUCUCUGGAGUCCCUGAAGUCCCAUCCCACAGCUGCAGAUUGCUCUGUGCACUGUGCAAACACUGAGAGGAGGGAGCAGGAAGGUCUGUGUAAGCUCUGCUGAGCUGCAGGACCUGCAGACCUCUUGCUGUAGGGGAGAUCCCCCUCUGGACAUGACUGUGCCAGUCCCAAUGAGUUUAAAGAUUGAGGAGAUGGGACAGCUGUGGAGUGAGGGCAGAUAACAUUUGUCCUGGUCCAUGGUGUGGACGGGGAGCGGAACUCCAGCUCCCAGCACUUCUCCCUGGAUAGGAAGCUCGAUGUGGUGGAAAAGCUUCUCUCUUCUCGAUGCAAGAAGCCCCUCAGUGGCUGAACACUGUAUAAACAGCAGCAGCAGGCUCCCUCCCCCUUUCCAUUGCUGUUUGUUAAACACACGCUCUCUGCCUUUCUCUCAUUCAGGAGCGAAGACAGCAUCCAGCUUCGUGAGACAGGGCUGUCAGUCGCCCUGUGAGAGGAAGCUCUCCGGGUGCUCAGGGAGGGGUUCCAAAGCUACUCCUGGUGAAGAAACACCCUCCAGCAGCCCACAUCCUCACCUGACUUCUCUUCUCCGAGGACAGUUGAAGAAAAGUGCUUUCCACUCCUUUGCCACAGGUGGACUUCCAGAGAGUGGAGAGGACCAAGCACUCUCCUGGCCAGCGAUGAGACAGUGACUGGAGACCUUCUUCUCCUCCUUAUGGAAAGUCUUGGGCCAGGCAUGGGACCAUCGGAGGGAGCCAACAGCACAAUCACCAUAGGGAAGACAGCAUUAGAUGAGAAGCUGCCACAUGGCUGGCAUGCCAAGGACUUCGUCACUCCUACCCAGGAUCUCUCUGGAUCCCACAGUGUCAUGAUGGACAGCACCAAGAUCCUGGGGGUCCAGGUCAUCCUGAUUGCUGCCUACUCACUCAUCAUUCUGCUGGGGUUCAUUGGGAACUCCCUGGUCAUCUACAUCAUAGUGAAGUACAAGACCAUGAGGACUGUCACCAACUUCUUCAUAGCUAACCUGGCUCUGGCAGACCUGAUGGUGGACACACUCUGUCUGCCUUUCACCCUAGUGUACACCCUGCUGGAUGAGUGGAAGUUUGGAGCUGUCCUUUGUCACCUGGUUCCUUAUGCUCAGGCUCUGAGUGUCCAUGUGUCCACUCUCACCCUGACUGUGAUUGCCCUGGAUAGGUACCGCUGUAUUGUUUUCCAUCUGGACAGCAGGAUUUCCAAAAGGCUCAGCUUCACCAUCAUAGCUGUCAUGUGGCUGGCAGCAGCUGUCCUAGCAGGGCCUCUGGCCAUCUUCAGGGAGUACCGAUAUGAGGAAAUCCCAUCCAUUAACCUCAAAAUGGCUGUUUGCUCAGAAAAAUGGCCCUCUGGUAACAACAGAGAUGCCACCAUCUACAGCCUGUCCAUGCUCCUCCUUCAGUAUGUUCUUCCUCUUGCAAUUGUUUGUUAUGCGUACACCAGGAUCUGGUUCAAGCUGAAAAACCAUGUCAGUCCCACUUCUAGAAAUGAAAACCAGUGCCGGAGGAGGAAGACAACCAAAAUGCUUGUGAUGGUUGUUGUGGUAUUUGCAGUCUGUUGGCUCCCCUUCCACAUAUUCCAGCUUGCCAUUGAUCUUGAUCUGGUUCUUAUCUUCCAUGAGUACAAACUCCUGUACACUGUCUUCCAUGUUGGGGCCAUGUGCUCUACAUUUGUCAACCCCCUGCUCUAUGGAUGGAUGAACAAGAACUACAGGAAUGGCUUCCUUAUGUUCUUCCGUUGCCAGAACAAGCCCGAAAGCAUCCACACUGAAGGCUCAGUUAGAGGGAGGUCUUACAUCUUCAGGGCCAACACCCUAAAUGGGAGCAUCAAACAGACUCCUGGCAAUGGAGCACUACCCACAGAGGUUUAGGGAUGGGACAUCCACCUCCAGGACUGAGGCUGGCUGAGCCCAGAGACAUUCUUGGGUGAAUGCCUUUUUUUGACAGAACAUUUAUGCUGCCAAUUAUAGCUAGAGCAGCCAUGUAGAAAUACUAAAUACCCCCUGUAUCUCUCAAAACAAUAAAUCUG